UUGAGGACACACACUCAAGAAAAACCAUAUUCUUGUGACAUUUGUAAAAAGUCAUUUUCUCUUGGUGGAAGUUUAAGGACAAAAGAAAAACCAUAUUCAUGUGAAAUUUGUAAAAAGUCAUUUUCUGAGAGUGGAAGUUUGAUGAAGCAUUUGAGGACACAUACAAAAGAAAAACCAUAUUCUUGUGAAAUUUGUAAAGAGUCAUUUUCACAGAGUGGAAGUUUAAAAAUUUUAACGGUGCAUUUGAGGACUCAUACUAAAGAAAAACCAUACUCUUGUAAAAGUUGUCAAAAGUCAUUUUCUGAGAGUGGAAGUUUAAAGAAGCAUUUGAGGACACACACAAAAGAAAAACCAUAUUCUUGUGAAAUUUGUCAAAAGUCAUCAUUUUCUCAUGGUGAAAGUUUAACGGUGCAUUUGAGGACUCAUACUAAAGAAAAACCAUACUCUUGUAAAAGUUGUCAAAAGUCAUUUUCUGAGAGUGGAAGUUUAAAGAAGCAUUUGAGGACACACACAAAAGAAAAACCAUAUUCUUGUGAAAUUUGUAAAGAGUCAUUUUCUGAGAGUGGAAGUUUGAAACGCCAUUUGAGGACACACACUCAAGAAAAACCCUAUUCUUGUGAAAUUUGUCAAAAGUCUUUUUCUGAGAGUGGAAGUUUGAAACGCCAUUUGAGGACACACACAAAAGAAAAGCCAUAUUCUUGUGAAAUUUGUAAAGAGUCAUUUUCUGAGAGUGGAAGUUUGAAACGCCAUUUGAGGACACACACUCAAGAAAAACCAUAUUCUUGUGACAUUUGUAAAAAGUCAUUUUCUCUUGGUGGAAGUUUAAGGGUGCAUUUGAGGACUCAUACUGAAGAAAAGCCAUAUUCGUGUGAAAUUUGUAAAAAGUCAUUUUCUCAGAGUGGAAAUUUGACAAACCAUUUGAGGACACACACAAAAGAAAAACCAUAUUCAUGUGAAAUUUGUAAAGAGUCAUUUUCUCAGAGUGGACAUUUAAAAAUCCAUUUGAGGACACAUACAAAAGAAAAACCAUAUUCAUGUGAAAUUUGUAAAAAGUCAUUUUCUGAGAGUGGAAGUUUGAUGAAGCAUUUGAGGACACAUACAAAAGAAAAACCAUAUUCUUGUGAAAUUUGUAAAGAGUCAUUUUCACAGAGUGGAAGUUUAAAAAUCCAUUUGAGGACACAUACAAAAGAAAAACCAUAUUCAUGUGAAAUUUGUAAAAAGUCAUUUUCUCAGAUUGGACAUUUAAAAAUCCAUUUGAGGACACAUACUAAAGAAAAACCGUAUUCUUGUGAAAUUUGUAAAGAG